CCACAACGUCUUUGUCUGAUCACUGACUCGACGACAGCAAAACAACAUGCUGUCUUUCAGGCUUCCUUCACUGCCCUCAUGGUCGUCGCCCUUCGCGACGGGCAUCAAACUACCCAAAGGCGAAGUGCACGAGAUCGAAGAGCAGCCGGAAAAGCGAGCGCGGACCCUCAAACACCUGCUCAAGGCCAACCACAUCAACCACAGCAUCAUCUACAACGAGCUUCGCUUCCAUAAUCACAUGCCCCAUAUCCUCGGCUCGGCAUAUAUUCUGGGAGGAGAUACAGAUCACCUGACGCAUAUUUACGAAGAGGAAGGAAAGCACUUGGAGUCGUGGAAAGACAGCCCUGGUGAGAUCGACAAAAGUGAUUGGAGGGAGUACUUGGGCAAGAGAGAGUACCAGCGAGCAUACAUUGACUUCUUUGAAGACCAGCUCGUGGUCAACGGGUACGACUGGCGAGCUUUACUCGACGAGUUUCUGCUGUCAGGCAAAGAGCCCUUGAUCAACAACCUCAUUGCGGGCCUUGCACAUCCUCUUAUACACCUCGGCUACGCCCACGAACUAUCCUCUCGAACUGUUGCGAUCGAAGCACUGGGGCUGGCAGCGUGCUUCUACAACGAAUGGCACGUUUAUCUGGACGAUCCAAAAUACACAAAGCCCGCAGCAAACCCCACAGACUCGCUCUUUAGUAUUCUGGAAAGAGUGAGAAACGACCCGAAAUUUGAUAACCUGGCCGAACACCAAGGAAGCGACAACAUUGAGAAGAUUCUAGGCAACGAAGAACUUGCAGCAGCAGCAUUGGAAUACUGGAACUCAUGGGAUCUCAAAGACCCUAAGAUCCAAUUUGCAGAAUCGCAGAAACUCGCUGUAGCGCUCGUUGUGGCGGCCCAAGAGCCUGACAACGAAAAGGGUUACGACUUCUUUGGUGUGCAUCUCCUGACUAGCAGUCAUGCUGUCCGAACACUACUUCCCUUCCUCCCCAAUAAGCACCAUAUUCCACUCGUGCGACAAUGGUGGCUCUUUACACUUCUUGUGUACAUUGCUCAGCUGCGACCAAAGAUUAACAUCGACACCAUCAAGCUCGUCGAGCUUGAAGGCCGAGAUUGGAAAUUCGUGACCGACAAGGCUCUGACAGGAAAGUACAAUACUGACGCCCACUACGUCAAAGCUCUGCGAUCAAUGCACGAGUGCAGCAAGACCUGGGGCGACGCCAAUCAAUUCUAUCUCAAGGCUGCCGUCAAGAUGGCCGAGGAGUUCGACGGCUGGGGUGGGUUCGGCCCGAGAGAUCACGAGCAAGAAGAGGUAGAAGUGAGAGGCUCCAAGAGCCAAAACUCACUGCGGCAGCUACAUGGACAUGGUGAUGAUGUACUCGAAUACAGGGCGUAAUGCAAACCCGGUAAGACUGAUAACGACGUAACGAGAUUGACGAGACUGUACAAUAGGACAAUGAAGCUCCUUUUCAUGUGGCUGAGUUCCGAAAACACGGCAACACCUCACUUUAGCGGCUCAACAAUGAUUGUGCCUCAUUGUAUUCAGUCACUGCAAAAGCAAUCACAUGCUGCUGCGCCAUGGUUCACAGGCUUCAGGCUUCACUCUCAGCUGCCGCUCCGUCACGCUCCGCUCAUUAACAACAACUAUUUAACUGCAAAAUCGUGUUUCCGAACAACACUCAUCGACACGGCCAUUUACCUCCAGUUGGUUACUAUGUGCAUACCUCCCAUCACUACCACAACCCGUUCUCGAUACAGGCUCCAGCUCAAAUACUCGC